AUGGCCGCGCGCGUACACGGUCCAGCCGGAAUCCAUGCCGACGGUGUCCUGCUUCGUCGUCUGUGGCCAGUCGAGUUCCGACGACGGCCGCGCACGGACAAACACCGGUGUGUGAGUGUGUGUUGUGAGUGCAACGAUAGAAUGGCGGAUGUGGGCGGAGGUACUGGCGGCGAUGAUGGCGGCUGUGGAAACUGGUGGUGUAUAGCCGUGUCCGGCGGAGCCGUAGCCAUCGCCAGAAUCGCAAGAGGAGAAGACCGCCAUAAUCGUCAGAUGGGGAAGAGCGAGACUGUCAGAAUUUCAAGAGGAGAAGAACGCCAAAAUUUUCGGGUUCUGGAAGAGCAGAUCAACGAUUGCAGGAGUUUUAGGAGCCAAAAAAGAAAAUUCUAG